AUGUCCUUCACGAAUGCGCCUGUCACGCGCACUCUUGUCCUGGGCUUGGUCUCAGGCUCCAUCGCGGCUAGCCUGUUUGACGUCAAGCACUACUUCUACAUCAUUGUCGACACCCAUCUCUGGCGAUACCAUCAGCUCUGGCGGCUGCUGACAUAUCAGCUAUGCUGCACCAACUCCAGCGAGGUGCUGUUCGCCUCCAUGACUCUCUACCACUUGAGGGUAAUUGAGCAGAUGUGGGGUUCGAGGAAGUACGCCUCUUUCAUUCUCGUGUCGUCACUCUUCACUGCCAUGAUUCCGCCAGUAUUUCUGUCCCUAGUGCUACGGCCAUUGACUGCAGGCUUAUUCAACUACAUGCCUGCGGGGCCGACCCCGAUCAUAUUUGCGAUCCUCGCGCAAUACCACGCCGUGAUCCCUCAUAUUUACCGAUAUCGCGUUGCGGCAUCCGCUGCCCCGCCGACCAAUGACCAGUUCGUUGGGCUCACCUUCUCCGACAAGUCGUAUCGCUACGCACUCGCCAUCCAGCUCGCACUCUUCCAAUGGCCUGGCUCUCUGCUUGGUGCACUUGUUGGAUGGGUUGUCGGAUACUCCUGGAGGAACGACUUUCUGCCAGGCGCGAUGACCAAGUGGCGUCUUCCCGGCUGGAUGGUUGGCGUCAGGAGCCAGAGGAGGCGAAAUGAAUUCGAGGGACUUCAGCGCAGGCUAGAGAGUGAAGGGUCAACUGCAACCGCUUCGGGAGCUCAAGGCAUUGAUACGGAUGCGGGGCGUAGGAGACCAGCCGGCCAGGAUGGUCGGGAGGACUGA